AGAGCAUUGUUUUCGUUCCCUCCUUGUUCAUAGAAGCGCGUUUAUAAACGAAAACGUUUGAUAUCUUCGGCCAGUUUCACGCCAGUUUUCAAAACCGGUUCGAAGAUUAAUAUUCUCGUCGUGUUAUGCACGUGGUAUUUGGUAGUUUAUACAUCCCAGAGUUUUGCGUAAUAAUUGACUGAUUAUAUUGGGAAAAUGUUUUCGCUGAAAGUCAGCAAAAACCGAUCUUGCCGAGAAGUUUUUCGCGAGCUGCGUAGAGCGAUCAGCAAAACUUCCACGGACAAAAACAGCGAUGUUAUAUCGCGAACGCCAGAAAAUUACAUGCCCAAAUUAGAUUUAAAUUACGACAAAAGCGAUAAUUACAUGAAAUGGAUGAAGCAGGUCCAACAUAACAAUAUACGGGCUUUGUCAACCAUUCAACGUAGUCUAGUCAAUGCAAACCCGGCAUCUACGUUGCUAGUCAGUAAGGAACAAUCCAGAGAUUUUAUGGCACUAUUUCCAGAUAUAGUCCGGGAACUGACAGAUGCCGGCAGACAGCAAGAAUUGCCAGAAGUCAUGCGCAGAUUUGCUAGGGUAUUACAAUACACAGUCCCUUCUGGCAAAAAAAAUCGAGCUCUGCUAACAGCCAUGGCCUACAAUAUGCUGGAGGAUUCUGAUAAACUAACUACAGAAAAUGUUAGAUUAGCUCAUAUUUUAGGAUGGUGCACUGAAAUUAUGCAAGCAUUUUUCCUGGUGACUGAUGACAUCAUGGACAAGUCAGAAACGCGCAGGGGUCAGCCAUGUUGGUAUCGCCAGCCGGGAGUUGGUCUAAACGCAUUUAACGAUGGUAUUAUGAUGCAAAGUGGAAUAUUUGCAAUACUCAAAAAAUACUUCAGGUACCACCCUGCCUACGUCCCAAUAAUGGAAUUAUUCCACGACGUCAUGUUAAAGACCAGCUAUGGUCAAAGCUUGGACACUAUGUGUCUAGAUGAGAAUGGCAAACCUCGACUGGAAGAGUUCACCAUGAAGAGGUACAUGUCAUUAGUGAAAUAUAAGACUGCUUAUUAUAGUUUUCAAAUGCCUAUCGCCUUAGCUAUGUAUUUAGCUAACAUGUUCGAUGAAGAACAACACAGGCAGGCCAAAACUAUAUUAUUAGAGAUGGGUCAAUUUUUCCAAAUUCAGGAUGAUUUUCUGGAUUGUUUUGGAGAUCCAUCCGUAACCGGUAAAAAAGGAACUGAUAUUCAAGAUGGCAAAUGUAGUUGGUUGGCAGUGGUAGCUCUCCAAAGAGCCACACCAGAUCAACGCAAAAUAAUGGAGGAACAUUAUGGCAGGUCUGAACCAGAAUCGGUAGAAACGAUUCGACGACUCUACGAGGAACUGUGCCUGCCAAACACCUACGCCAUCUACGAGGAAGAAAGCUACAAUAUCAUUAAGACGCACAUCCAACAGAUUUCGAAAGGACUGCGCCACGAUAUGUUCUUUAAAAUUAUGGAGAAAAUAUACAAACGCGAAUGUUAGAUUGUAACGGUACCUGCAAAUUUAAUUAUACAAUACGUAAUUAUAGUUUAGGUGUAAGGAAUCUAUGUUUUCUUUUUAUAUCGGAUAUUAUUUUGCUAUGUAAGUAUUUCGACUUUAAUAACUGCAAAUAUAUUGGUAUUUAUGGAA